AUGUCUGCCAUUACAGAGAAAGAGGUCUGCCAGGCAGUCCGGUGUGCUGCGCCAAACAAGGCUCUUGACCCUGAUUAUAUACCAAAUCUAACGUUACAUCGCGCCCUAGCCAUAGCACUUCCGAAAGUCAACCACGGUGGUAUUGCGGAACCUGGCAAACCCGACUAUACAGAACCAAAGGCAUACAGACCAAUAGCACUGCUUGACACAAUUGAAAAGGUAUUAGAAGCAGUUAUUGCGACUCGCCUAAGCUAUAUGGUUGGAGAUACAGUCUCCUACCCCAGACUCAUGCUGGUGGCCGCAGAGGGCGAUUAUGUGGGCACGCUAUUCACCUUCUGCUGGAACAAGUCCAUCCACCCUGGCGUACUGGCACGUCAGUAGUCACACUGCUUACCCAUAAUGCCAGUGGUGCAUUCGAAAACACAGCAUAUAAGCGUUUAAUCCACAACCUCUGGUAAUUGCAGGUCCCAGUCUACGCUGUUAACUAGGUAGCAAGCUUCCUGCACCACCGCAUCACAGAUAUCUUACUAAUGGAAGGCGAAAUGGGCCGGUUUACCACAGAUACAGGCAUACCCCAAGGCUCACCGAUGGUCCAGACACGCUUAA